GUCCGAGCAGGAGAGUUGUGGAUUUCAUAGUGGAAAAGUCUUGCAAAAUGAUCACGUCUAUCAAUUAGCUAAAGUACGGUAUCGCGUUCGGUGCUGGAUUUGCUUGCAUCUGUGCUGUGUGGCAUAGCGAGGUGUACUGUCAAAAAAAGGUUCAUACGAUUUUGUACGGUGGAUGCUGUAAGCUUUGUACGGUGGAUCCUUGGAUCACUCAUCACUGGGGCUGGCCGUCAAUUCGGAAGAGCCGUUCGCUCGGUGUGUCCACACCUGGGGACUUUUUCCCUUCUCGGUACUUAUCUAGGCCACACCAAUAUUUCGCUCUCGCGGAUAGUGUCGGUUGCUUCGUGGAAUCGCUCGGUCAUUCGUGUGCCGUAAGAAUAAGCCCCCCGAAAAUCCAGUGAGACAGAGGCUCGUAUCGUUUGGUGGUUUGGAUAAGAAGGCUGCAGUUGUUCAGGCGGAUUGUGAUUGCUUGCUGUGUCAGCAGAGUGGUGUUCUAUCGUUAUGCUAAACUGCUAGUUAUUAUAUGGUUUAUGUUCUGAAAAGUGCUGAAUUGCAAAAAUUUGGUAGUAUUCAAAAUCACGGAGAAUUUAAGCAAGUGUCAGGAACGUCCUCCAGCGAGUAUGAAAAAGAAACGGUCGUUACGACACAAGUGAUGUGCAAACUUUGUUCGGCUUGAAAUGUUUGUACCAAUCAAUUGUGAUGUUAUGAAAAUAGAGAUCAGAAAAAAGGUGUUUUCAAGUUCAAGGGAAUUCGGUUCUAUUUAGCACAGCAGGGAGAGGAAACUGAAGCAACCUUUUCGGUUCAGUGAUCGAUUACGCUAGAACAACUACUGGAGGUGGAGGUUUUUAACAUAUUAUCCAUAUAUUUCUACGGAGUAUUCAAAUAAACUCGACCCCACCGUCAUUGUGAGAUCAUGUGCAAACUAGACCCUGCGGAUGAUGUGAAUCUCACACAAAAUCUCUAAUCUUGAAUAGAGCUGAUGUUCUACAGAUGCUGUAUGUAAAUAAAGUUUCGCCGUGUCAUGCAGAUAUCAGACAGUUUUAGUGUAACAUUUGUAGAUUACGUCUGCAGAUUCAUGUGGUUUGAAAUGACUUGACCUGUCAUUAAACAUACACAAAGCAAUAAACGCUGAGGAGAGAGAGACUAAAACACCGUCGAACCAGUUCAGCUUCCUGUCGUAGGUUCCGAGCAGUUUCCACAAAAAAGGCACGAGUGCUCCGAGUAACCACUUUGUAUCGGUCAUUCCAGAGGAACGGAUUGCGUAUUUGCAGUAAUUAAAAACGACACCGGAGUUUCUGCAUGAGGUAUAAAUGACCGAUACCAAGAACCAGCCAUGAAACGAACAUCACACACUCAGGUUCGGAAGGUAUAGGAAAUGCAACCAAGGGAACGGAAACAAUCAUCGGAAAAUUAAGGAAACGGGUUCAAAAGUUCAUCGCUCGGGGAAAAUUACUGUUGAUUAUUAGGGAACCAUUUACGGUGCAAUAAAUACCGAUAAUUGGGAACAAUUCCGCGUGUGUAAGAUAGAGAGAGAUAUGAUUACAAAUUGAGUGACGUUUGUGUGUUUUCGAAAAAUCUAAAUUAAAAAUAUCGUUGGAUUGAAGUGCAAACAAUGGCUUCCUCGUCGGUGGCAUUGAGCGCAGAGGGAAGUGGCAAACAGCAGCAAUCUCCGCGAAGCGCUGGUGGAAUGGCAGCGGUGAAUCCAACGGCCGUGAAGUUGGGUACGAUGGAGGUGCCGAAGGCGCUGCAGGAAGGCGAAAAAUUUCUCAAAUGGGAUGAGGACUCUUGCAACGGAACUCCGGUGACGGUUCGUGUGGACGCAAAAGGUUUCUAUCUGUACUGGGUCGAUCAAAAUCAUGAGAUGGAUCUGCUUGACAUUGCCACGAUCCGGGAUGUGCGUACGGGCCAAUAUGCCAAAAAGCCACGAGAUAUCAAACUGCGACAAAUUGUCACGAUGGGCUCGCAGGAUACUUUGGAGGAGAAAACUGUAACGGUUUGCUAUGGAGCCGAUUUUGUCAACGUCAACUUUAUGAAUUUUUGCUGCACUCGGAAGGAGAUUGCCCGGCUAUGGUGCGAUGAAUUGAUCCGAAUGGCUUACAAUCUGACGCAACUAAACGGACCAGCGAUAAUGUUUCUUCAGAAGGCUUACACCAAGCUUUGCCUGCAGGUCGACAAGAGCGGGAAGGUUCCUGUGAAGAACAUCAUCAAAACGUUCGCCACCAACAAGGACGAUCGGCGGCGCGUGGAAAAGGCCCUCGACGUUUCCGGAUUGCCAUCAGGAAAGGGUGACACACUAGCUCUUUCCAAGUUCCAGUUCGAGGACUUUUUCAAUCUGUACAAAAACCUCACCCAACGGGGCGAAGUUGAGAAGGUGUACGAUGAACUGGUCGGAACAUCCAAACGGCGUUUCAUGUCCACAUCGCAGUUGGUGGAUUUUCUGAACAAAACGCAGCGGGACCCUCGGCUUAACGAAAUCCUACAUCCGUACGCAAACACGGCCCGGGCCAGAGACAUCAUUCAGGAGUACGAGCCGAACAAGUUCAACGCUCAGAAGGGACAGCUAAGCUUCGAUGGUUUUCUGAGGUAUUUGAUGUCGGAAGAUAAUCCAAUUAUGGCAGCGAGUAAACUGGAUCUCUGCGACGAUAUGGAUCAACCGCUGUCUCACUACUUCAUCAAUUCAUCGCACAACACCUACCUUACCGGGCAUCAGCUUACGGGGAAAAGUUCGGUGGAAAUAUACCGGCAAAGUUUGCUGGCUGGAUGCAGAUGUGUUGAAUUGGAUUUCUGGAACGGUCGCACUGAGGAGCCAGUGAUUGUCCAUGGCUACACCUUCGUCCCGGAGAUCUGCGCCAAAGAUGUACUAGAAGCAAUAGCUGAAACAGCGUUCAAGACAUCCGAAUUUCCUGUGAUAUUGAGUUUCGAAAACCAUUGUAAUCCAAGGCAGCAGGCAAAAAUAGCAAAUUACUGUCGUGAUAUUUUUGGAGAUAUGUUACUAGAUAGGCCCAUAGAUACCCACCCACUCGAACCCGGUACGGAUCUACCCCCACCUGCGCUACUGAAGCGAAAAAUUAUCAUUAAGAAUAAGAAAAAGCACCACCACCAUCAUCAUCACCAUAAAAAGGGUACUGCCACUAGCCCGCUGGCAGCAGGAGCAGCGGCAGCCAUGGUGGCGAAUAGCAACGUAACCAACAACAAUGUUAGCAGUAACAUAAAUGCAAACACCACUUCCGCCUCACUAAUGGCGACCGCAGCGGCAGAAACGGCCACUAUGAUUACCACCGGCACUGGCCAUGGCUCCGUAGCAGCCAGCGCAAGCUUACAACCGCAGCAAUCCAGGGAAGAAAGCACCGUCACCGGCACGCCCAGCACCAAUAGCAACAGUAUCAACAACACCCCAAUCAUCGCUACCGCUAUCACCACAAACAGCACCGCUAGCGUCGCCAGCGCACAGGCACCCGUGACCGGUAAUGGCGACGUACCGCACCAUGCACCCCCAUUACAGCAAAUCCGCCAGAGUUCAAAAGAAAGCACCGGAUCAUCGGACACCGACAGCUCCAGUGAGGACGAAUCGAUGCCGGGUGAACCAGUCGGAACAAUCGGAUCCACCGAAGCGGACAAAGUACCGCAGACAAAAGAGACUGAAGCAGGGGCGGAAAUUUCCGCCCUAGUGAAUUACGUUCAACCUGUACAUUUUAGUAGUUUUGAGAACUCCGAAAAGAAGGCACGCUACUACGAGAUGUCUUCAUUUGAUGAGAAACAGGCGACCACGCUGCUGAAGGAACGACCGAUUGAGUUUGUCAACUACAACAAACAUCAGCUGUCGCGUGUCUAUCCGGCGGGAACGCGUUUCGACAGUUCCAACUUUAUGCCACAGUUAUUUUGGAAUGCCGGAUGCCAAUUGGUGGCACUCAACUACCAGACCCUUGAUCUCGCUAUGCAACUUAAUUUGGGUUUGUUCGAGUACAAUCAUCGUUGCGGUUUCCUGCUCAAGCCGGAGUUUAUGAGGCGAAAGGACCGACGGUUGGAUCCGUUCGCUGAAAGCACGGUCGAUGGUAUCAUUGCUGGAACGGUGAUAGUGACGGUGAUGUCCGGUCAAUUUCUGACCGAUAAAAAAGUUGGCACGUACGUUGAGGUGGACAUGUUUGGCCUACCGGCCGACACGGUGAGGAAAAAAUUCCGCUCGAAAAUAGUGCGAGAUAACGGCAUGAAUCCAAUCUACGGUGAGGAGCCGUUUGUGUUCAAGAAAGUUGUCCUACCGGAACUGGCUAGUAUCAGGGUAGCGGCUUACGAAGAAGGCGGAAAGUUGAUUGGGCAUCGGGUGCUUCCGGUGAUUGGACUUUGUCCCGGGUACAGGCACCUCACGCUGCGAACGGAAGUGGGCCAACCCAUUCCACUUGCGACGUUAUUUUUGUCGAUUGUAGUGAAGGAUUACGUUCCCGAUGGACUGUCGGAGCUGGCAGAAGCUUUGGCAAACCCGAUCAAGUAUCAAAGUGAACUAGAGAAACGAUCGGAACAACUGGCCGUGCUGCAGGAAGAUAUGGAACCAGUGGAGGAAGAUUCAUUUGUGAUUAUUCCUGUAGGUACUCGGAAGGACACACUGAGAACUAGUGACAACCUGACAGGAAGUCCAAAACAUCGCCCGAGUGUGCAGCCAUUAACACCAAAUGCAGCAGGACUCCACGACACCGUGCAGCACGAACGAGAAAUACCUUUGGAAGCGAUAUCGAAAGUAGUAUCUUUGCCGGUGGCACAAGCUUCACUUGAUCAUCAUAGUCCGCAGUUGAAUAAGCAAACCACAAUCCAACAGCAAGAACGGCUGUCAUCAGCUCAAUCCACCGAUCAGUCCGAUGCUGGUAAAAUAAUUGCUGAUCCAUUGGAGAAAAUCUUCGAGGACAAACAGUUGCGAAAGAAACGGGAUGCGCUGGAAAAGGAACUGAAGGCUCUGAAAAAGAGUCACGAUAAGGACAAAAUUAAAGUGACCUCACAGAAAAGUGGUGAUCUCAGUGACGGUAUCAAGAAGAGUAAAUUUGGAAUGGGUAACAAGUUGGUCAAACGGUUCAGCAGUAAAAAUAUGGCAGACAUGAACAUACGGAUACCGCCAUGUUCUACCGAUGCGGACUCGUGUGACAACAGUGCGCAUGCAGAAAAGUUGAAACAGAUCUGUCGUGAUCACGCGAGUAGUUUUCGGGAGGUGCUGGAGAAACACCACGAGGUGAUAUACAACCUGGCCGAGGAUCUACUGCGUCAAUCGCAGGAAAAUCAGAUAAAACAACUUAAGGGACAACUGGAACGGGAAACCAGCGAGGUGAUGAGACAACUGCAGCUUUCGAGAAAAAAUGAAGUCAAGCAGCUUGCGCAGGUUCAUAAGGACAAGGAUGAAUUGGAAAGGAUGAAGCGAGAAGUUGACUCAACGCUGGUGGAAAAGGGUGUUGCCGAACGCGUCCGCCUAACAGCGACAUACGAACGAAAACGAGACGAACUGCAACGGCAGCACGAACAGGUGAAACAAGGACUUGAGGAACAUCGUUUGAAGGCUAGAACAUUACUUGAAAAGGAGGCAGAAUCUCAUGCGUGUAUUUCGGAAACGUUUUUGACACAUCUCAAUACCAACAGCAGCACGACGAGCGGUUCAUCGAUAGUCACUCUGCCACCGACGUCGCAUUCUAGUGGCAAUUUGUGCACCAGUGGGGGAGGUGGAGGAGGAGCCGGAUCGGUAACCCCAGCCAUUACCAAGUCUAUUUCUUCGUCGAACGCACACGAAAACAAUGUUAACAAUACUCACGUUCAGCUGGAGUGAUAUCCUUAAGCUAGUCAUGUAGAUUCUAGAACAGAAAACGACGGAAAGCAUCGCUUCGGUGAGAAGCCUGGUUCAAUGAUGCCUACAGUAAAAAUUUUGCCCAAAUUUGGACAGGAAUUGGUUUUAUUAGCUGAAGGAGAUUGAGCUUCUUUAUCUGCGUAGGACUGAAGUUUCAGGGUAAUAGAAACUACGUUCGUCUGCUAGAGUAUUUUUUAGGCGGUUGUUAGACUAUUCUUCCGAUGUUCGUACAAAACGGAAUUCCAUUUUUUUGUUGCUGUUGUACGGAAACUACUGGCCUAACUAACAUAACAUGAUUUAAGCGGUUGAGCAGUUAUUCGCUGUGAGCUGUACAUAUUUGCUUUGAAUCUAAGAUUAGUUUUUCGUUUGUUUUCAUACACUUUAUUGAUUUCAGAAGAUAUGACGUUGAACGUCUCAAUCAGUAACAGAUUUCAGAAUCUGCGAAUAUUUAAUCUAGGAACAUAAAAAAAAUAUGACAAUUGAAACCGUGAAAAUAAUAACAGUAAAGAGAAACACGCAACUCGUUGACGGGUAAUAUAACAUUAAACUAAAAUGCAAACUGGUAAGCAUUGAAUAGAUGUGUGAAAAUAGGAAACAUUUGAAAAGUGGUAGGUAAUUGAAAGUGGCAGUAUUUUGAAUUAAUCAGACGAUUAGGUAAAUAUUGACAACACAAAGUCUCGAAUCACUUCUGCUGGAAUAAGGCCACAGAUAGCUUGGAGUAUACUGUGCAGAAGAAGUAGUAAUAGUUUCCAAGUUAAUUGCUAUAUUGGAUGUGAAACUCAUGGUUACAUCCUAUCAGUACAUUCAUGCUGCCUGUUGGAGUAAAUAUUUGUCUCAUCGACCUUGAAAUUUUGUUCUAGUCUCGUUAAAUUAUUCUUAUCCGGUUUAGGAAUCAGCGUCCAUACGAGGUGUCAGCUUCUACGCAGCGAGGAGGUUCACAUGGAACUUGUUCUGUAUUUUCAAGUUCUCAAAAGCUCCGUGUGUACUUUUAACCAGCAAGAAAGUGGAUGGUUUAAGUAAAUGUGAAACUUUUGGUUACUUGGAAUUACACUUCAACCGUCGAAUCAGGAUGGUCGAAUCCGAAUUUAUUACAAUAGACGAGUAACGGAACAUAGGACCUUUUAUUUGAAUUUAAAUUUGUGAAAAUCGGCUCGACCAUCUCUAAGUGAAAUUCACGCACAUCUACAUUUCCCGAUCUCAACGAACUGAAUAGAUUGAUGUAUGACAAUCGUAGCUCCGGGUCUUUGCUGAAAGAGUGGUUUUGCAUAUGCUAUUCAAGAAAGGCAAAGCAAAGUGACUUCAAGGAGACUAAUUUUACUCAUUUGUUUUUUCAAAUUGAAUAUAGGGGAAAGUGUUAUAAUAUGCCGUUCUUAAGACAACUUUGAGGUAAUUUCAAAUGUAUGAUUAUAUUCUCCUCGAGAAUGUGAGUCUUUCAUUGCAAUACGACUGACGAACAUAAUUUUGAAUGUUUCUGGUAUUAGUAAAGAGAACGAAUUGAUAGUAGUUUUUGCAAUGACUGAGCGGAAAUAUAUAUUGGAGAGGCCAACUGAAUGAAAAACUAACAGAAAAAAUGAUUUAUUGGAAAAAAGAUACGCUCAGAGACAGGACUCGAACCUGCGUUCUUAUACGUUAAUGUUCUAGUUCUAGAUGCAUAAUUUAUGUCAGUUACAGUGUUUUACUUGUGUUUCAAAUAUACAAAAAAUAGAACGGCAUCGUAGACCAGUUUAAAAUUUGACAGAAAAACUGGUCGAAUAAAUAAAAAAAGAACGGCUUGUUGGGGAUAUGUUUGUUCCAGUUUCUGCUCUAUUAUAGAUCUUUCAGAUUAUAGAACUUCUACCUGCUGAAUUUGCUCUUAUGUUAUGUCCAGAGCUGUAUCAUUUCUACUGGUUGCCUCCUAAAGAUUGUCUAGAUCAAUUAAGGGAACUAUUCAUAUUAUCACAAUAACCGCGAGCAAGCUAAUAACGGAUAAGCUUGUUCACACGUAUUGAAUAUACGGAAACUUUAAUUAAUGUAAGGGCGUUGCAUGUCCCUCACUUGCGGAGUAACUUUGAGUGAUUCAGAAAUCAUGCCCAUAAAAAAGGCGAGUGGGUAAUGUCAGAGACAUAACUGGAUGUCGUGAAUACGAAAACAACUGACAUGUCCCUAACACUUCCGAAUAUCAAUUAGUUGGUCAAUUGUAUGAAUUAUGCAAGCAUUCCCCUUUUUCACAUUUUUCGCAAAAACAAAGAAGGCUUCACUUGAUCUCGAUUACUGUGAAUUUCACACAGCGAAAAGUGCACAAAUCUAUUCAAACUGUUCUAGAUUUGCACUAAACUGAAGAUAUUUACCUUCGAUUUGCGAAGAAGAAAUCCUAAUAGUUCUUUAGAAAUCUUUUAGAGCCAUUGGAACGGCUGAUUUGGUGUGAUGCUCUUCACCUUUGUCCCCAUUUCGUUGUUUUUUCACCAAUGCAAACGACUAGUAGCUGCGACGUAAUCGCUCUUGUCGGAAGCGAAACUAGCUUUGCAAACGACACAAAAUACAUCUGCUCGCAGUGGCGAUAGAAUCCAAACUGAUCCAAUUUUUGGUAAGAGGUUUCUUUUUAAGUGAUUUCGUUUGUAGCUUUUUCACUAAUGUGUGGUCCUAACGGCUAUAAAAAUAGCAGCAUAUAGAAUUUUAAUGUUGAUUAUUUCAUUUCGGAUUUGCAUUUCGUUGAAAGAAUCUAUCAGGAUGCUGUACGGGAUUCAUUCCUGCCUUUCAGAAGGACCAAAUUGUGGAACUCACUACGACAUUAAGCACUGUUCGGAACAUUUUUCUCGAACGAUUUGAUGUACAGAAGCAGAUAUUUUGUUCUCUUCCUCAGAACGCGUUCUGAUUGGCUGGUGUUGACAUGGGUCAAAUGAGACAGGUUUUUCAAUAGUGUCCUAUUUAAAUACUUCAAUGCUGUUGCUAUACACGUUUAAGUUGAAAAAUUUUGAUUCUAUUGGUAGUUAGAUUUUAUAAAUCUUUCCACAGAUUACUGAGCUGUGAACUUUCAAAAUACGAGAAAGGCAAACGCGCCUUAUGAAUUAUCCUCUUUGAUACUCGUUUAUACCAAACAUUUCAGAAAAGUUUAAAAUUGAAUUAUUUGAGAUUAUGUCACACAACUGAAAAUUUUAUCAUAAAAUUGUGAUCAUAUUUCCGAUGGCAUGUAGCAAAAAUUAUAUUGAUUCGUUAGAUACAACAAGAGAUAUUCACGAUCAAAAACUUAUCACUCUCUCAGAGGGUAAAUUUUGAAAAGGCGCCCCAUAUUAAAGUAAGUCGUAUUCACGACAAAAUGUGUAUAAAUUUUAUUGAAAUUUUGUUUCCACUACGUUAAAUCAGUAUUUUUGUUAGGAAAUUGAAUUAUCGGAGAAGUUUUGAUCCUCUGAUAGAGUCAAAAUGAUAAAUCUCUCAGCAUCAACCAUCAUUGCGAUGUAAUUAGGAUCACAGAUUUCCACUGCGUUGGCGGCUCAAUGCCUAGGACGCUGGUCUUACAAACCAGUAGUCGUAUGUUCGAGCCCCUACUUGGAAGGAUUCUUAGUGUCAGUAGGAUCGUAGUUAUGUACUGGCCAUGCGAUGAUUCUGUGCGCUAAGAAUCGGCAACGAAGUCUGUUGAAUCAGAAAGGCCAAAUUCCACAUAAGGAAUGUAAUGCAUGACAUUACUUUGCAUAACUGCAACUUCAAACAAUUUUACGGCAAAAUUCGCAUAAAACAUGCUUCUGUUCUGACGAUGUACAAAUUCGAAAUGAAUUUGAGACAAAUUACAAAUCCUGCUAAAAGUACGGCAUAGAGAAGUUUGAGAGCGUUGGAAUGAUUGUAAUGAUUAGAUUACAUUGAUGAAUAAAAUCGAUAUUGACCAAAAAAAUCAGCGUUUACUGUCGGAUGGGUUUCCAUAAAGAUAGGAUUAUAAUUGAGUGCUGCAGCGGCCGAGUAAAGCAAAGCAUGCUCGGUUCUUUUAUUCAGUUAGGUUGUCUCUUCAUGUGUUUUCAUGUGCAGGGUAGUUUAGUUGGCAAAACAAUUUCCCCGGAUAGGAGCUACGGGUUCGAGUUCCGUCUCUGCGGUAAAAUUUUCGCGGUUUUCGUUACAUAGUUGCAUAAGUUUGUCAUUUUUUACUUCUGUUUACCUCGUAAGGUACUAAUCAAAUAAAAAAAAGCGUUUUUAGGUAGUCACACAACUUAUUAAGUGUUGUGUUACGGUAUUUCCACUAGAAUGGUUCCGGAAAUCAGAAGGUAUAUGAGUGCUUCUCCCCCGCAUUUUCUCCCAGAUGGACUGAGUAAUGAAUACUUAUUCGACAGCUUGUUUCGAGUGUUCUUUAAAUACGAUUGACAACUGCAACACUGUCAUUGAUCUUUUAGUGUUUUAGUUGAAAAGUCAGGUGAUUUUUGCCAUUUUAUUACAGUCUAGAUUGAAAAAUGGACGAUACCAGUUCCAAUCAGCCCGACUGGUUGUUCUCAUAGAAUAAUUACCAAUUAAAUUACUAUUAAAAUGUUAAUUCUCGAAUAUUUGAUUAGGAAUUGAGUUUUUUACUGCUGGGAUAUCAAAAUUCACCUAUAGAGAUCUAUCUCGCCGAUUUUUUGUGUGCAGUAUACUCCAAAGCAAAUCACUGGACAGUCAGGACGGAAUUAGCUUAACAGUAACGUAGAUCGAAACAAAAAUGCAGCAAUGUAAUUGAAAUGCUAUUUUAGACAACAUAUUAUCUAGUUAUAUUUAACGUUGAUGUGUUUGUAUAAUAGUAAUAAAGCAAUCAAGGGCAAAUGAAAUCAGUAGCAUAAUAAUUAGUAUAGUAAGAUUUCUUGUAACUACCAAGGUAAAGAAAAACCAAACCAAAACGCAACGCACUAUUUGAAUUGAAUGUAAAACUUUUCGAUGAUUGCACUUCUGGGCAACAUCAUUAACCAAUAAUAAAGAAAAAUGAACAUACACACAAACAAAUAAAAACAGCAUAUGUCAAAAUUACAGCAGUAUCCAUCACUUGUUUGUAUUUUCGCCUUUGUAAAUGUUGUGUGUCAAAAAGUUCUGAUACAAUAUUUAUGAACGAAACAAACACUAACAAUAAAAGGAUGUUUGGAGAAUUUUGUCAGUAGAUAACGGAAAGUGAAUAUUUUAACCAGUAGACAGUAGUAAGAAAACAGUCAAAACGCAUUGGGCGGAAUAGUGAGCAGUAGGUAUUAGUGCAAAAAAGUGAUACUUAACAGUUAGAGAAUGAAUAAGCAAAGGUAGCACCAGUGGUACUUGUUGGCAAAGGAAUCUCCGAAGUGAGCAUAAUCUUUUAGAUAUUUAUCGACUCUCGACUGUAACGUUAGCUAUAAGACACCGUGUAAAUAAGGUAAUUUAUUAUUGGUUUUAGUUUUGUGUUCCGUAACAAGUAUCGUUUAAAUAAUUCUAAUGACAAUCAAUGAAUGUGUGAGUAUUACAUUUAGCCAUUCUUCCUCAUUUGUUGGUUCCGUUUGUUUAUCACAUUGCUUAAAGUUGUUCUCUUUUGCAAUACAGCAACUUCGAAAAAGUUUCCUAGUACAUGUUUCAAUUCAAUUUAUGAAUAUACAAUAACAUCGUUUCGAUUUUCUAACGAAUACAACACUUAUGAUGCUGUGAACAAACAAAUUGAAAUUGGAAUACAUGGCUAUCCAAAAACAUUGGACUUGUAAACUGAAAACAAGGAGAAAUAAACUUUUUCUAUCUCUAUGUGCCUUGUGUAUAAAAAAAAGUCUUUACUUAAAAAUAUAGUCAUCACCGGAAACCUUCGUCUAUCAGCAACAGAUAACAAACAAAUAAACAGAAUACUAUUGAAGCAACAUUUAGACAAACUUGAGAAAUGCUGUUAGCAUAAUUUAAUAAGAAAUGAACAGAAAAUCGAUAACACCAUUCCACUUGUGACGCUGUAAGAUAAAUUAUGUAAUGAUGAAUGUUAACCGUUAAGAAAUACGAUUAGAGAAAAACAAAAACGUUAUUUGAACCACUCACCGAAUUUUACCAUCCAUCCCAUUUUACGAUCCCAGAACCAAAACUAUGUCCCUUCACGAUACGAUUGAGUCAGCAGCUAUACCGAGACUUAAUACACAUAUACACAUACUAUAGUAAUAUGACGAACAACUUUGGGUUUCAUCACCGAGCAGAAAAAAAACUUUUGAGAUAUGUCUUUACUUUUUACCAAUUCUAGUUAUGGACUAACGAAUCGGAGAAAAAACCUGUACAUUUAAAGAAAACAGUAUCUAAUUGUGACUACAAACAAACGCAACGUUAUUAACAUUAGAACAGAUAAACAAUUGUUUCAUUGACCCACCGUUUCAGGGUUUAGAAUGAAGUUACCUAUAAGACCGACCGACGCUUCAGAUGAAUUUACUUGGCAAAAUAUGAGCUCGGUUCAUUAUGGUUAAAAUAAGAUAAAAACAAUUGGACGAAAAUAUAACUCAAGUCAGCUAUUUGAUUAGCGUUUAGUGUGUGUAACAAAGUGACAAUGACUUUGAUAAUGUCUAUUGUUGACGUUUUUCUCUGCAACAUAGUGGCAUAUUAAAACGUAUUGCAAGAAAUCUGACACGUCAGCGGCAAUGAAACAAGUUCAUACUAGCUAAUAAUCCUGAUGAGAAAAUAAGCGUUAACCGGUCUAUAUAACCACUUGUACAAAACUUUUUUUUUUUAAAGAAAACCCGCGGAAUUGAAAAAAAGUAUUGUAACUGCUGCUAGCAUGUAUCUACGCGGCGAAAACUAUUGGAAUUAUUGGAUUGGAACUAUGAAGAGUCAUCUACUCUGAUACCAGAUAACAAUAAUGCAUGCAUAAAUAUAUAAAUAUAAAAACACAGCAUGGAACUUCUCUAUUUAGUGAAAUUGAUUAGGUGUUGACUAGUAUUAUGGAAGCAGGAAAUAAAAAGUUGUAAACCAAAUAAGAUAAACAAAAGCAUGGAAUAUUGUUGUGAUGCAAAACUGUACUGCUACACACAUCAACAGAAUAAACAGAAUCUUGAAGAAACGGACAA